AUGGAAUCAAUUGGAACCAUUUACAGUUACAUGCCCAAUCCGCGGGUGAUGAAGAUCCAAGCUGCCGCUGCGUUGAACGAUCGAACUGUGGAUAUUGAGCCUGAUUUCUCCAUGGGCACAACCAACAAAUCCGUACAAUUCCUCGCCGAUUUUCACUUGAGCCAAGUACCAGCAUUCAAAGGGCACAACGGGCUCGCCCUCUCCGAGUCGGAUGCAAUUGCUCAGUACGUGGCCGAAGAAGGUCAUGCGCGCGAUUUGCUAGUUGGUUCCACAGCCCAGGAGCGCGCAACUAUCCGCCAAUGGAUUGGCUUUGCAGACCAUAACCUGUUUGUCCCAUUGCAGAAUCUUGUUCUUUGGCGCUACGGGAUGGCGCCUUACGACGAGAAGCUGGAGGCCACUGCUUUUACUGCACUGGAGAAAGCUCUUUCUGUUCUGGAGGGGCGUAUGAAGGGCCGUCAGUAUGUCGCCACUGAUCAUCUUGACCUGGCAGAUCUCUCUAUUGCCGCUGCCAUGUACUGGGGUUUCAGCCAGAUCGUCGACAAAAAGAUGAGAGAGCAGUACCCUUUGAUCGUCGAGUGGUAUCUGAGGGUGAUUAAGCAGGAGAAAGUGAGGGCAGCAUUUGGGGAAGCGCAGUUCAUCGAAGUCAGAAGAGAAGGUCCACUAUAG